AUGUCAUCCUGUUGCGGUUCUCGAAAAUCAAAGCGCGGCAGAGGAGACGAUACCGAACCUCUGCUGCCUCGCUAUGAAGAGGACACUUCCCGCCAACGCCAACUGCGCCAAAAACUUCAUUCCUAUCAAAUGUUCAAGGCCCUUUCCGAGGGUUACAUGCCGUCAAAUGAGCAAGUCAUCACCAACCUGCGUACUCUCUUGGCAUCGGAUGUUCUCAACCCCCGCAGUGAUGACCUGAGUGAGCCAGGCCGUCAACUUGCACGCGACGUAAAGACUUUGAUGAAGACGUUGAUUGAGCUACUCAAGGAGAAGAAUAAUGAAGAUCAAAUCCAGGAAUUCUUCUGGCAUCUUUCCAAGUCUAGAGUCUCAAUCAACGCAUCAGCUCUGUCCAGUCAAGCUACACAUGCCACAUCGCAAGCAAAUACUCGAGCUGCCUACGACAGCCUGCGUACGGUCGGUGGCCUACUCCUCACAAACUCAGACUUCCGCCUGUUUCUCGAUGACGUCGCAACUAUUGGUCGCCAAGUAUUUGCCGACACUACAUACACCAUAUCUGAAGCUGCCCACGAAGUCGCCGAGGCUGCCGAGCCCUCACGGGACGAGUUGAAAAAGGUUGACGGUGCCGGUGCCGACGAUGGGAAACAACCCAGCAAGGACGAUCUCAAGAAAGAUGUCAAUGAAAUAGCAACUACCGCAGAGCAAGGACUUGUUCACGCCGGUCAAGCCGCAAAAGAAAGUGCAGAGCAGAACUUGGCAGGUCCUCAGAGGGAUGCUUUGCUCAAUCGACUCAAACAAGCUGUCCUCAAGCUUCGGAAGCGUAAUGACUACUCCGACUCGGUAUCGACCUUGUCUAAACUUGUGCAACGAUACGGGAUGAUAUAUGCCAAUGCCGCGGAGGAAACAGCAAAUGCCGUCAAUGAAGACGUGGAAGUUAACAAGGAUCUCAAGAAAGCAGUCGACAGCUUCUGGACUCUGGUGCGCGCAUUUGGGAAUGGCCAAGAGUGGGAGAAAUUGGAAGAGUGUUUCUACGAUGUAAUGAGGCAUGCCAACAAGGACCCAGAAUUUGAGACUCUGUUAGGCAAUAUCGGAAAAUCUCUGCAAGAUAUGCUAACAGACCCUGCAUUUUUUGACUCGGCUCCCGAACGACUUGAUAAGCUCAAGGAGCAAUCCAAAAAUGUGGAUAAUGAAUCCACUCUUCGACAUGAUAUCGAGACAUUUUUACACCAAGUUAGACGAACACUAAAGUCAAUACCUGAUGAUCCGAGUAUUGCCAAGAUGAACGCAGCUGCAAAGAAGAUUAUACGAGACGUAUCGAAUGUCUAUGCCAACGAAACAAGUACAAUUGUCGCUGAUGCCGUACAUACAUUCCUUCCGUUGCUCAUUCGCAGCAUACAGUAUAUUCCUAUCCCAAGACUCGAAAUCUCGGUUCCGGAAAUGGACUUGCUGGUUGAAAAUCUGGUACUGGAACCAGGAAGGACAGUUAACCACUCCUCAUUCUUCCCAUACAAGGUUCUUGUCACUUCCAAGACCAACAUGGAAUUGGCAAAGGUGCACUCGAAAAAGGCAAAGACGGACAUCAAAACUAUACUCACAGUGAAUCUACAAGGAUUAAACAUUAGCGCGUCAGAGUUUGGCUACUGGAUUCGGGCCCAUAGUGGAUUGCUUUUCCGAUUUAGUGACGAAGGUAUUGGCAGUUUCUUCCUUGACGAGCGCGGUAUAGACGUUGCUGUGGAUCUGGAGAUCGGCCGAGACCGGCUCGCUCAUCUAGUCACAUUAAGGGGCGUCCGCGUGCAUAUACAUAAACUCGACUAUAAGAUUCAGCGCAGCCGAUGGAGGUUUUUGCUGUGGCUCGUCAAGCCGUUUUUGAAACAAUUGAUUCGCCGAACAUUAGAACGGAAGAUCGCCGAGUACGUUGUGUCUUUGGUGGUGACAAUCAACAGGGAGCUGGUAUUUGCGCGAGAGCGCUUGCGUGCGGUUAAUAUCGCUAAUCCUCAAGAUUUCGCGACGUUUAUUCGAGCCUUGCUUGCGCGGCCGAAGGCGUACGCCAACCCUGAUGUAUAUUCGAGGGUAGGCGCGUACCCGCCGAGAAGCGGGGUGUUCAAGGAUGUAUAUACACCGGGCAGCAUAGUCAAGGUCUGGAGGGACGAAGCAGAGAGAGCUCAUGAUGUGAUUGAUGAGAAUGAAGAGGGUGAGAAUAAUGAUGGGCUUCAUUUGACGUGGCGGAACAAUAUUUUUGACGUCAGUGUGGGUUCUGCGAAUUAG